UAGGCCUCUUGAGCAAAGUCUUCUGGCUAGGACACUCAACUUACUCUCCCCAUAUAUUGCACCUCUUUCCAUGAACUGAUCCUAUUGUAUUUUUGGCUUUUGGAGUGUUUGUUAUUAGAAGGGAUAUAAGUGGAGGGAGUGUGGUCAUUUUUAAGCAACUGGGGAAGUGUCACGACGGUUAACGGAGCUCUGAAUCUGAGCCUACACAUACCAGGCUGUCUCGUCAAUUGUGCAGCGUGUUGCGGCAGACUGGUUGGACGCAGCAGAGGCUAGCUUCUUCCUCAGGGUUGGUCUCUGUAGCUCAUUAUUGAGGACUUUUGAUGUGAAGUAGUUUGACUCACAUCAAACCUCAGAGGAAGAACAGCUAUGGGAGUGCCAAACUCUAGGGAAUACAACUACUAUCACGCUCCAAACACACCCUUCAGGAUUUUGCUGAAACGACGUAAUGAGCCCCUCAAGAAGGAGCGUCCAAAAUGGAAGAGUGAAUACCCGAUGACGGAGGGCCAGCUGAGGAGUAAGAGAGAUGAGUUUUGGGAUACGGCUCCAGCCUUUGAUGGACGGAAAGAGAUCUGGGACGCACUCAGAGCAGCGGCCCUGGCUGCAGAGUGCAAUGACCUGGAGCUAGCACAGGCUAUAGUGGAUGGAGCCUGCAUUACUCUGCCACAUGGCUCUCUGACAGAGAGUUAUGACGAACUGGGAAACCGCUACCAGCUCCCGGCGUACACUUUAGCCCCGCCUGUCAACCUCAUCACUGAAACGUCCACUGAGAGCAAAGUCUCUGAAUCCACACAAAAACAGGCUCAACCUCCUCCAUGCAGACAAGAGUUCCAGCUGCGGGUGCGAUUAUCAACAGGAAAGGAUGUGCGUCUGACUGCCAGCAUGGCCGAUUCCAUUGCUGAGCUAAAGAAACAAUUGGAGGAACAGGAAGACAUCGACGUGAUUCGCCAGAGGUGGUUCUUUUCUGGGAAGCUCCUGACUGACAAGACUCGUCUGCAAGACACCAAGAUCCAGAAGGACUUUGUCGUCCAAGUGAUCGUCAAUGUGAACCCCUCAGUCAUAACUAACUGAGGAGUGAGACAGAUGUGCUAUGAAGUGAUGAAGAGACAAAGGAUGUGCCGGAGAGGGCUGCAGGAAUAGGAGUAGGGCUUGAAACCAUUUUCCAGUUGGUAAUGCAGUGGAAUUUUGUGUACAUUUUUAUAUAAGAAAUUAUUGCUUUUAUAUUGCUCCUUUUUGUAUUUUUCCUUUUUCCAAAUGAAGUAAGAAUAUUGAAAAGCACUGAAACACUUUAGACUAAAAGUAGAGUCCUAAGAUGCACAUCCCAGUGUCUGUCUGUCAACUCACAGCUCUGUUGUUUACAUGGGUUCCCCUCCUUGUCAUGUGUGUUUGUACUCGUGCUUAUUGAUAAAAUGAAUAUGGUUCACCUGGGGAUCCACAGAAGGGAAAUGCAUUCUCUCUCUUUUUUUUUUUUCAAUAUUUCUGUCAUGCGAUUUGAGAAAUAGGCAAAAAACUCCAGAGAAAAAGAAAAAUGUAAAUAUCAGUUUCCAUAUGUUGUUUGGUCAUGUGACUAUGUGCACACUACAUUUUCAAUCCACAAUUGUUUGUUCAUAAUGAAAGAACAAUGUAAUGAAGGCCCAUUUCUAAAAGGUAAUAAGAGUUUGUUUUUUUUAUUUCAUCACCCCAAACAAGAUACUGUAGUUUUAUGUACAAUAUGAUGCUCCA